AAUUAUAUGAAAAAACAAUCCCAUACAAGGACUCCUGAUUAAUAUGUUGAUUUAUUUACAACAAAUAAACAAUAAAAGCUAGAAGAAGAUGAAUCUGUACCUUUAGAAUUAACAAGAAUGACAUCACUAAAUAAGAUAAAUACUGAUGGCUAGAAUUUUUAUAUAAAUAUAUUACAUGGAAAUUAAGAAAUGCCAAUAAAUCUUGCUUAAUACUUAAGGGAAUAAGUAAGUAUAAUUUGAUAUCAUUUUAAGUAUGAAUUGACUCAUACUUUUAAAAAUUAUCCGCCAGAAGAAUAUUAUGGGAAUUGUGAAUAUAAAUUAAAAAUAAUAAGUGUAGAUUAAUGUAAAAUGGAACAUAGAACUACUUAAAUGUAAUUUAGGUAAAAUUCUAAAAUAAAAUGAAUAGAUUAGAUGAAGGAAAAGGUAUAGCAUACUAUAGAGUUGGCGUAGAAGAUGAUGGUACACCAACUGGUUUAAAUUUAGAUGAAAUGUUAGUAUCUAUAUAAUGGUUAAUUAAAUUUGCUAAUAAUAACAAAGCUGAAAUUAUAUUAUAGAAAAUUCAUUAAGGAAGAAAGAAUAUAUAAAAAAUAGCUGAAUUCAUGGUAAGAAGAAGACUAUAAGAUUCAAUUAAAACUGAUAUUAGAGUAGUAAUGUUAGGUUAAAUGAAUUCAGGAAAAUCAUCUUUAAUAGGUAUGAUAACUACUGGCAAGUCGAAUAUCGGAAGACAAUAAUUCGGAAGAUUAUUUAGAUAAGUAGUUGGAUUUGAUAGUAAAGGAAAAGUUGUUAAUAAACUUAAUUUAUUGGGAUAAGAAAAAGAAGAUUAAUAUGUAUUUGAGAAUUCCACUAAAAUUAUAACCUUUAUUGAUCUUUUGGAAACUUAACAUUAUAAUUUUAAUGAAGCAAUGUAAAACAUUUAAUCUUAAUUUCCUAAUUAUUUUAUGUUGGUUAUUAAUGCCAUUUAGUAAUUAGGUAAAGACUUUAUAUAAUAAUUAAAAUUAACCUUAACUUAAUAGAUACCAAUUUUUAUUGUUGUCACUCAUGCUGAUAAAUUAAAAGAUGAUUAUGAAUUAGAAAUAUUAUUAUAUAAUAUUAGAUAAAAAUUAAAAGAACAUAUCAUUAAAUCAAUCCCUACUAUUUUAGUAAGAUCUACUGAAGAUGUUAUGUUAUUUAGUAAAUAAAUUAUUGAUUAAUAUGAAAAGGAAACUGUUAUUCCAGUUUUUAUAUUAUCUAAUUUAGAAUUUAAGACUCAUCAUUUGUUUUUAUAAUUUUUAAAUCAAUUACCUUUAAAAUAUGAACUUACUAAUAAUACUACCCAACCAGUAGAAUUUGGAAUUCAUUAAACAUUUGAAAUUGCUCUUACCAAAUAAAUUGGUGAUGAAUAACCCUCAAUAGAAUCUGAAAGCUUUACUGUUGAAGAUGUAUAUAUUUGAAAUUUUAUAUAAGUCAACUCUUAAAUCUAAUAAAGGAUUAAUUCAAGUUUAAGAUCGAAAAUUGCUAAUCUUAGGAGGAACUGUAACAAAAGGUAUAAUGAAGAAGGGAUAAACUUUAUUAAUGGGUCCUGAUAAAACUGGAAACUUUUACCCUAUCUUAGUUUAAAAUCUUUAAUCAAAUAGAGUAAAAGUAAAAUCAGCUUUAAGUGGAUAAUUAUGUACAGUCUAAUUUUCACUUGUAAAUUCUUACAAAAAGAAUUUUGGAACUUCUGAAAAUCCAAUAAGAAAAGGAAUGGUUCUGGUUGAUGCUAAACUUAAACCUAAUAGCUAUACAAUUUUUAUAGUUAAUCUAUAAUUUUUUACAGCAGGUUGGAAAUAAGCCUAAUAGUAAAUAUAAUAAUAAGAAUAUAUAUCAUUGAACUAAACACAAUAAUCUAAUUUUUCAAAUGAAAAAAUUUUUUUAUCUUAAUCUCACGAAUUAUUAGUUCAUACUCCAUAUUCCAAGUAAAUUUAUAUUAAAAUUAGACAAAUAUGUUUAAUUUAGGAAAAUCUUAAACAAAAUCCACCUUUAUUAUUUAAAUAACCUAGUUUAACAAGAAAAACUUCUAGAUCUGUUGAAGGUAAAACCCAUUCAUUAUCAUAAAGAUGUCUUUAGAAGAGCAAAUCAAAAAAAGACAAAAUUCAACAAAGUAUUUUAAUACAUAAUUUAGAAAUUAAUAUAUGUGAAAUAAAUUCUGGAGAAACUUUAUCUUUAAAAUUAAGAUUUAAAUAUUAGAGUGAAUAUUUAACAUAAGGUAUGAAAAUAAUGAUAAUGGAACAAAAAUUUUCAGCUUUUGGGCAUAUAGUAUCUAUGGAAAUUUGA